UUAGCUGAUAUUAUGUCAAGGGCUACAUUGCUUCAUGGACAUCAAGGUUUAUUGGACGAAUACAAUGAACGUGUGGCUGAGAAAUUGAAUACGAAAUCGUCUUCAACAGAGGGCACACUCAGUCGCACAGUUGGCUUCAUCCGAGGAAUUCACCAAAUGAUGAUCGACAUUGUUGACUACAAUCCAUACGAUUCCUACCUUGGCUCUCACUUAACUGUAGGUGGUCUUUUUCAUGCCAAGAAGGAAUUUUACCGUCUCAUCUCGCUACUUCUUUCUGAUUUGGGAUUGAUAUUCGACAUCAGAUCUCCCUCGCCCUGGCAGAUUAUUUCGGAGUUGCACACUCGGGGAAUCUUUGGUGAGUCCGAAAGUGAAAGCGUCAAAGUGUGUCUAUCAAUUGCAAACGAAAUACGGCUGAAAACGUACUUUGCCAGUAAUAAACAGACAGAGCUACUCUCGCCUAUUCCUCAAUAUGUGAACGCAACGGAACAAUUCGCCGAUGUCCCUAUUUUCCGCUAUUUUCAUGAGCAUAUCCUAGUUCAUCUUCUUAGUAUCAGCUGCGAUAUGCAUAAACGCUGCCAGAAGUUUUCUCGGAAGUACUUAAAACAAGAUGAAAUCGACGCCAGUAUAUUUGAGAGUCCAUUCGCUCCAUCUUCGAAUGCAACUCAAAUGGGACUUCUUUAUUAUCGUCUACAAAGUUCGUCUAAAGCGUUAGAGUGGCUGGCUUCGGAAUCGAAAGAUAGUUCGUACUACCCAAACAGUCUUUACAGUCUAGGCGUUAUUUACUAUGGAAAUGGAGAAUUUAAAAAGAGCGCGGAAUGUUUCCAACAGGCGCUGGAUGCACAUUACACAAAUGAGGAUAUGUCAAGUCUAAACGUGGUUGCAUGUUUUUAUAAUCUAGCGAUUGUACUGAAAGAGCUAAGACAAUAUGAAAUGUCCAGACAUCGGUUAAUGCAAGCGAUUAGCAAACACGAUGAAGUCUACGGCGAAAGAUCUCAGACUCUCAUACUCGGAUUAAUAAUGCACGGUCUCGGUUUACUUGAUGCGUUUUUUGGUGAUUUCACAUCAUGCAUUGAAGUAUAUCAAAAGGUUGAACAACUGUAUAAUAGAUUAGGAUGUGUUCCUGAUAUCUACGUGCUUUAUUUAAACCUUAACAUGGCCCAGGUGUUAAGUAAACUGGAUCAAUAUGAACAGUCAAUAGAAUAUAUAAAACGAGCGAUGGACCUUAGCCAUCAAGUAUUUGGUGAACAUAGUGUCAAUUCUCACUUGGCUCAAACGUAUGCGAUUGCAGCUACGGUAUAUGAACUUGGCAAUUUCAAUGAUGAAGCCCUGUCUUUUUUCAAGCGAAGUUUGGAAUUGUUUCAAAUUAUGUUUCCCGAAAAUGCCAACCUAGGUAAGAUUUUAGUUAAGCUAAAUUAUCGUAUGUAGACGGGGCCAAAUGGUCCAAAAUUGGAGGUAACUUUGGUAAAGGGACUAUGGCUCUAAUUGGACAGCGUAGUGCAUAUCUAGUAUCUAGUUGAGAGGUUCGCUGCAUUGUAGUUAGUAGUAACAUACCAGGUGAUCUGAAAACACGGAAAAGUACUGGCACUAGCUGCCAAAUAGAAAUCCAUUUUUCGAUCCAAACUACAAAAUUUUUCCUGAAAUAUAAUUUACUUUGUUUCCAAAUUUCUGGUAGACUUAAAUUUUUCUUUACUAAACAUGAUUACUAAGUUUCAACAAGUUUCAUAAAGGAAAAUAAAAGAUAUAAGUGAUUAAAAACAGCAAAAUGGAUUUCUAUUCGGUACCUAAUUCCAGGCCUUUCACUCACGGUUAGAUCAGCUAGUAUAGGUACCGUUCUACCCUUAUUUUUAGGCGGCAGAGCAGCGGUGGUGCAGGCCGCCGCAACAUCGUGAAAGUGAGUAAGUGGGCGUGGUUGAACUUAUCCCAUCCGGUUGCUGAACUCAGUCCAUAUGUCACAAUAGGUUCCGUUACCGGGUUCCGUUACCAUACGUUACAAUAUAUGCAAGGCGAGUCUGGGCAAGGCAUAUUUCGCACUUAAAAGUCCCUAUUCUUACAUAUAACUGUAAUUCGAGUCCCUCACUUGGCAAACAAUCACAUUAUUAACCUACAGUACGCUUCAAAGCCUAUAUGGCUAAGCUAGAGUGUUAUGUACGUGUUGUGAAGCAAGAGAUGCCGUGUAGAAAGUACGAAUACAUAUCUGAACAAAGGGUUAAUAAUCUAGUUUUUAAAACAAGUGUGUAUCAAUAAAACUUGAUUCCAUGCAUUAAGUACGUUUUAAAAGUGAUUUGACCUAAUAUUAACAAAAAAGUAAUUAUAUUAUUGACCUCAUGUCUGUUCUAAAACAAAUGAAUUUGAAAAAUACAACCCACGCUUUUAUAAUUUUGAUGAAAACUGGUAGAAUAAACAGCAUUAAUGUUCCAAAUCCUUUUAAUUGCUGCCGCAGGCAGCUUCCUAUUCUUGUGAUUUGUUUCCAGACCUCUUUACCGAGCUAUAUGAAUGCGACAAUGAUUUGGAUUUGGCAAUGUUUGGAUGUUCAGUUUUAUGACGUUUUGUGACGUAGAAGAUAUUCGACGGGUCUUUACGGAAGCUGCUCUUCGGGACUUGCCAAGAUUUAGCACGAGGGCGAAACUUAAUACAAGUUGGCAAGUAUUCAGCAAAUAUUGCGAUUUUUAAGAAUUAUAUCUUCUUGUAAAGUCAUUUUUUAAGGUAAGAUCAAAGUAUUAUCUACGAUCCUUUUAGUUUAAGAAGAAUUUUCAGGAGAUUUGACGAUUUGUUCUUGUAUUAUAUAUACAUAGGCUCGCGUUUGAUUUUAUAGAUCUGACAGUGCAUAUUUGGCGUUGGGAAUCAUUGUGUUCACGCUUGUAGCUGAUCAAUAUGUUUAUCAGACACUUUGCGUGUUGGUCACGGUGUGGCAACAGGCAACUCAAAUAAAAUUUGCAUCAAUUGUAAACAAACAAACAGAAACACGAGAGCCAAUUGCCAUCAAAACAAACGAGAGCCAUUCUACGAAGGUAUCACGUGACUCAGAGCUACAGUAUAUCAUAUAAAACUGCAAAUUUUGCAGACCUCUAUUUAAUACUACUGCUGAUAGAUCAAGUGGCAGUGACAGAAUAUAUUGCAUUUGGUUUAAUGGGGGUAAUAAUUGAGCCAUGUCGUGCCUGAAUUGGUGCACAUUUUAAUACUGUAGUUAUAGUGUGAGAAGCAAUGAUCUAUUUUGGCAUCAGACGUUCUUUUCUCGAUCAUAUAAAUAUGUUGAUGUGAUGAUAUAAACCCAUCAACAAACGCUUACGAACUUAUAUAAGCCCAGGGCUUAUAAUCGAAGGUUACGGUAUUUGGUUUGUUUACAAUAUUUCAUAAUUUUAAGUGUAAGGGUUUAAGUGUUUGACAAUUGACAUUUGAAAUAAAUGAGAUAUUAACUUUAAAACAUUGCAUUCACUGUUUUACUUGGCCAAACAAACUAUUAAAAUUACAUGUCAGCAGUUAAACCUACUUGUUAUUAGAAUGGGUAAUAACCCACAAGUACCCCUUCGUAUCCCUACGAACCAAGCAUAUAGUGCGUGCAAGAGAGAGCAUAUGGCUAGUAGGCUGGCCAAAUAAUAUAUAACUUUUUAUUGGUAGAGUAUUGCAAAGUUUUUUCAUUAUAACUACUGAAAUACGUCCUACAACCCAUCACUAUAUUAGUACUAUUCAGAACAAUUAACAAAUUUGGUUGUGAAUUACCUGCAAAGCAUUGCAGUUGAAAUUUGGUUGUGGGUUACCUGCAAAGCAUUGCAGCUGCCACAUGAUGCUACCACAUGAUUCGUCAUCAAAAUGCUGACGCCAUGAUCCUACCCAGUGCACUUAUGGAGGUCCGCCAUUUUGAAUGUUAUCAGGGGGUGAAUGCCUCUCAGCGCACUGGCUAUUACUGAUGUUGAGACGCGAUUGGUAACCAGGCCAUCAUGUCAAACAUAAGGUAAUCAAGGCGCCAACUUUCUCGCAAGUUUGCAAUGCGAAUACACGUACGGCAGCAAUUUCACUAACUUUUUGUUAUACUAGUUUCUUUGCUAUAUCGUAGCAAAAGCAUCUGUCUUACACCGUAAAAUAUCGGGCAAGCAUGUACGUCACCCUAUUUAUGACUCGCAAUUGAUCAAUUGCGUUUGAGUUUUUUGUGAGUGUAUAAUACCGGAACCUAUUGUGACGUAUGGACUGAGUUCUGUAACCGGAUAGGAUAAGUCCUAGCUGCCUCGCCCCCUUGCUCACUUCAUCAUGUUGCGACGCCCUGCGUCACCCUUCACCACCGCUGCGCCAUCCGAAAAAUAAGGUUCGAUCGGCUCUAUAUUAGUCUACUAUUGUCGUUAGUGCAUGUUCCUUUUACCUCAUCCUGUUUUAGUCAUACUUAACGUCAAGGAUCGGCCUUGCUGGACCUCAAGCGAGAACAGUUGAGAACUAAUUGAGCCAUCCAGUAAAAAUAAAGCUAUAGUUUAUUUUAGGUUUUCUCCGGUAGUAACACUGUAUCAAUAAGAUAUCAUUACUGAACCUGUGUAAAUAAAGUUAGUAGUUAAAAUGAACAACGGCCAGUCAACUAUUUAAAUAAAUACAUGUAUUUUAAAGAUUAUUCUGUUUAAAUAAACCAUGGAUUGCCUCACUCAAUUCACAUGUUCCUUUUUAGUUCCAGAUCCAUUACCCUGUUUAACCCACAUGGACAACUUAGAAAGCGCAUUAGAAUAUGCGAGGACAUUGUAUCGUGGAAAACCUCACAUCAUGUUGGCCAAAAUAUUGUAUAAUCUCGCAUGGGCCUUUUACUCGGAGAAAUCUCUGGAGUAUUUCCGAGAAGCAAAGGAAAUUAUGGAUUUAAUUCUAGGACCAAAUCACGCUCAUCUUAUUACUUUAGACAUACUUAACGGCAUGGGAACAAUCUACAAGGAUGUUUGUGGUAAUUUUGCCAAAGCUCACCACUGCUUUGAAGAUGCUCUCAGUAUGAACUCCGUAAUUUAUGGAGAAUAUAGCGCUAAUGAUGAAACGGCAAAGAUCUAUGACAAUAUCGCCAGUGCAGCAGAAAAGAUUGGCAACGUCAGUCAAGCCAAGGAAUACUAUACUGAAGCUGUUAAAAUUUGGGAAAAAAUACCCAUAACCAAAAUGACAUGCGAACGUUUUGUGCUUAGUCUUUAUAGCCUAAGUGCGCUCUGUGAAGCUCACGGAGAGCAAGAUGAAGCGUUCAAAUAUUUAGCAGAAGCGAGAGAAGUUGCCAAAGAUGGUGGUUGUAAGAAUUGGAAGGUGGUAAUUAUAUUAGUCUACUUAUACUUUGAAUAUAUCAAGAUGGAGUCCUUUGAGUCCUUUGAAACAUCAGUGAUGUGUUGUCUAGAAGCGAGAGAGAUGGCCAUGAACUUACCUAAAAAUUAUUCUGUUCCUUCCUGGCUAAUCGAGUUUCUACACAUUUCUUAAUUUAAGCAAAAAGGAAUACCAGUUGGUAAAUUAUUGGUAUCUCCCAAUAAAAUUUCACGUACGACGCUCGUAAACUCCUCGAAAACUCCAAGAAGAGACUUUAAACUCAGUUUGCCAAGCUUGGUGACUAAAGCUCGAUAGGAAAUUUAAAUAAGUGAUGUAAAUUAUUCUAAAUGCAUGUAAUACUAUGCCUGAAAAAUAGGUACGCGACGCGUACAUGUAUCUGCGAAAAAACUUGAGUCACGUUUUCAUCACUUAUUAUAUUAAAUAUAAUAGCAAAUAAGAUUUGAAAGUCAAACAUAGUACAAAUCUAACAAGGCUGUAGAUAGCACCACAGAAUAAGAAGGUGCAGCAAAAGUGUAACUCAAGCAAGUAUUUGUCCGCGUUUUUACAAGUGAUUCGUCAUCAAUCACGCCAUCCUGGCUAGUACAACCGACACUUUGCACCUACCAAAACCUGAUAAAAACUUCCGGUUGUACUAGCCAGGAUGGUGUGAGCGAGUUAAAUUUUUGUGGACGUAAAACAAUAAGGGAACCGACUCGAGUUACCCUUCUGCUAUACCUUCUUAUUCAGUGACGGCACGGAGGGCAGCAGGGGCAACUCAACC